AUGCCUCCUCACACUGUUGCCAUUCCCAAGAAGAAACAGGCCAAGUGCAAAGAACCUGUCGAGGCAUCUGGCACGCCACUUGUGUCCCUCCGUCUAGAUGCAACAAGCACUGACGAACCUGGUAGACGUUCUGGCUGUGCCAAUGCAGGAACAGGAGGUAUGAAUGCUCAAUUGGAGAAGAUUGGCGCAGUGUUAGAGGCACCGUCUCAGGUACAUCGACCUAAGGGCUCUACGUCUCUUGGUUCUACUGCUCCUGUCAACCCUCAAGCUCCAGAACCACUUUGUGGCAAGGGUCAAGGCCGUCGCCCAAAGGUCACACCCCCACCAUAUAGUUCACCAGCCGCUACAAAUGUUCCAAACACCCCACAUGUAGAUGUCAGUACUGUGGAACCUUUGCAGCCUCUGAAUAUCUUGUUCUGUCAAGCUGGAGGAAGAUUCAGGUUCACUAUGCAUGCACCUACUGUCCCUCCCGACCCUGAUUUAAGCAACCUACAUGCUCCUGUUGACAGGAAAGUUGCUGCGAAGCCAGAUUACAAAACUGUAACCGGCCCUAGUCAAGCUAACUUGGUUGCACUGCCAGCUAGAUUUCUGGACCAGAACAUCGACCCAGCCUUGCGUGGCAUCAAUGUGGUGGAGCCUCAAUCAUUUGAGGGAGGUUGUUAA